GAAACUUUUUGAUAUCUCGGAGUGAGACUGACAAAGUAAAACUCCUUGCAUAUUCCAAGUUGUACUUCAGCACGUGCCCCCUUCGCAAAAGAGGUUAAGAAAAAAGGAAAUGUCCUGCACCUGCCCAACAUGAUGUCAGGAGAAUCUUCUAAAGAUGAAAGCUCCUCUUUCAACAUUUUGCGGCACAGGAGACGCCGACGUCGAAGUAGCUUCCGCGCUUCAACUAAGUUGAUAUUGUGUGGAAGUUUUGCAACUGGCAGCAACCUAGGAGCCCUAGGGCUAUCCAUAGCGUCGUCUAAAGAGAAAGACGGAGUAAGUCUAAGAAGGCUAGACGGCCUCCACUCAGGAGUUGUAGACUCCUCACAGGACGACACGAACAGCAGGAGGAGGAAGAGCAUCCUAGAAGAAGAAGACGAAGUCAUCAUAAAUGACCACGACAGGUCUAUCAUAAGUAGUGACCAGGAGAGCUCCAGGUCGCCGCAGCACUCAGGAGUCUCAGAGGCGUCGAAUUCCUUAAAAGAUGAAGAAGUAGAACACCUCGACGUCGUGCAGCAGGCAGAAGGCGUGAAGAAUGAAAACAGCAGGCACAACGACGACUACAGCAAGAUGAGAAAGAACUACUACAGUGGAGCAAACUCAAACUCUGUUGGUGAUGAACUGGUAAGAUUAGUCGACCACUUCAAGGAGAAGUUUACUGGAGCUGCAGAGCAUACUACAAAGAGAAGCGCGGACGAUGAAGAGGAAGAAACCACAAGGAUGAGCAGAACUACUUCUACUAGUCGAUUAUUAAGGGUAGGUUAAAGGUGCUUUUCUUACCGCUUUUUAUGCCUCUCUCCCUUAGGAUGAGAAAGGCAUAAAUAGCGGGGUAAGCGAGCACCAAAAACCUACCUCUAAGAUUAGAAGCAAUAAAAACUGAGCAAGAGGAACGGGAUGAUGAAGGUAGAGGUACUACUGCAAUAGUCAACCAGGACCACGAAAGUGGUGGAAGCCGCGCAGCUGUGAAGGAGGAAAUACAACUACAAGGUGGAGACGUGAAAGAACUACAGUCCCCUCCACACGAUCAUGAUGCUCAACUACAGCAAUCCGAGAUCAUGGGUCGUGGACAAGCAGCAGAUGCGUCACGACUUAGCAGUAGUACUGGUAAUAGUAGGACUACACCUACAAGAAGAGCAGGUGGGAUGAACAUCAAGCAAGAAGUUGUAAACGCAGAAGGAGGUCAAAAAUCUUCAGAAAAAGAGGGAGUACUCUUGUCCGCUUCCCUUCUAGAAGCCAGAGCUGUCGAAUUAGCACUGGAGCAGAUGGGGAGAGAUUCUCAUUUUAUGGCUGGCUGGGUCGUUUCUUGCUUCUCUGAAGAUGUACCAGAAGAUGUUCUUGAUGUCCUUACAACAUUAGAAAUUUCAUCAAUCUUCUCUAAGCUUUUUCGCACGAUCAACGAGGCGUGUUGCUUCUGCCGCACAGCCUUCACCAGCGUGGAGGACCACUUUCCAUCCUUGCGUUCCAAGUUCAAUGUGAAAAGUUCUUCCUGUGCUUUCGGUUUCUGCAUGAACCAGUACCCACUCGGCGGGUACCGUAACGAGACACCACAUGCGGACACGCCAUUAGACGAUACAGUGAUAACGAUGGCACCAGGCUUUGGGGGCGGUGGUCGCGAUCUCGGAGCUGGAGAUGCCUAUUACACUUUCGGUCCGCCACCAGUAGAGAUCAACGUCACUACUGAUGAAGGAGGGGCACCGGGGCCUGCUGGAAAUUAUGGAUAAUUUGGAAUGGUCAUAAGCUGCAUAACAUUUUUAAAAAGCUCACACCCCUUAGCAGCUGGUGUUACAGACGGCAGACGAAGACAGAAUCUAGAUUCGUCGCCAGGACUUUUUCCUCUUCUACUUCUACUUGUAGACUUCUUAUUAUCCUACUUCAUCUAGUAUUACGACCACCUCAACGACCGCAAGCUCCUCCUCACACCCCGUACCUGACUUUCUCUGCCCAUUUUCAUCUGAUCGUGGCCCCUACCUCCUCCGACGCUUCCACAUCAGCAGUGCCGUGGUCGGCGGCACCUGCGAGCGUCCGCUAUGGUCACGGCAUCUUCAACACGACAUGGGAUAACGAUUAUUACUACACGCAGUUGUACCCAAAAUGUAGGGCAGUAGCAGUACUAGCUAUUAAAUUGUUUCAUCAAGAUCAACGGGAACUACAUCAUCGAAUAUUGUCUUAUUGUGUGAACUCUACUGUGUGACUCACGUUUACUGAAGAGAAAUAAAACAAAGUGGAACUACUUGGAAGUUGGAUGAGCAUUUGCAGAUCAGUUUUUUUUCUUUGUUUCAACUUACUUUCUGUCUAACCACUCUGCGAUUGCUCAAAGUGUUAGUGUAGCUGCAGUUGGUGGAACCGGAAGUCAGUCCAACGACACCAGCGCUUAUGGUGAUAGAAUCCAUCUUUCUAGGUAGCACUAACCACCUGAUGAUAUGUCAAGGAAAGCUCUUCCAUCUUGUUCGUAGAAAGAGAAGGUAGUUGGAGUUGGCCACUCUACUACUUUCUACGACGUUCUUCUGUUUGAAAAUAUCAGGCCUAAGGCCUGCUUCUGGUCUUUCUUCCUUAUCCUCUAAUCCUCCGUGAUCUUCACUGGGCCGCACCGUCUGACGAGAAGAGAUCCGAACAAUUUUUUCUACCGGAAUCAUCUACAAGCGGGCUUAGGCGAACCGAAUCGAGGAGAAGAAGCGUUGGACAUCAUGCGGAAGGGACAUUAUGAGACAUAAAUCCUAAACUACUUGAAAUCCUAAACUACAUUAUGAGACAUGGAACUUGAAAUCGUCCUAAACUAGUUGUAGUAAUUAAUACUAACCAUGAUGAACUACAAGAAGAACAACAAGAUGAUCUUCUAGCUCUAGUUGAACAUUUCCGAUUUGGAGUAAAAACAUGCAUAGACUCCUUGAUGCUCAAGAAUCGUGAAGCUCGCACUACAACUAGAACCACUAUUAGUACCUUCUAAAGUCUCUACAACAACCUCUAGUACUUCCUCCACGCACCACCUACUAUUUCUCCCUUGAUGUUCAACAUAUUGCAGUCGAAGUCUGUACCUCUUUCAAUCCUUUCUCACUUUCUCCUUUGUUCAUAAUCCAGUCGAAGUCUGUUUCAAUCCGGCAAAGCAUAAGACGCUGGGAGCUCUUUUCUUCCCCUGUGAAUCGGCGUGUACGAAUGACUGGUGCAGUUUGUCAUCGUUGCGGAAUAGAAUUAAGGCUUACUUUUAUUCAUCUUAAGAGGCAUCUUUGAUCCCUUUUUCAAGAGGGAACUGCGUCAAAGAUGCUUUCCAAGAUGAAUAAAAGUAAGGUCUAAUAGAACUGGGCAGGAAGUCAAGAAGCAGAUCCAAGAUCCGAGUGAUAAAACCUGUUACAGUGGCGAUGGAAGGCUCAGGACAAACUGA